AUGCUUCAAAAACUAAUCCUCAUACUGAUAUGCGUGCUGGCGUACGGAUGGGAGGAGGUGUAUGACGACGAUGGGGCCAACUCCACCUGCCCAUUCCUUCAAGGCGAGCUAGACGCCCAGGAUAUCCCCGGCUUCAACUGGACGGACGGCGCCCUUCUACAAACUACCCGCACAUGCCACGACGAGCUUCUAAGCGACUUGCAGAAGCAGAAGGAGGAGAUUGCCGACCUCAAGUCGAAGCUGGAAAACGCCACAAGUGAGGCCCACCGCUACAAGGCCGACGCGGAGGACUGGAAGUCGCUGCUCGACAUCGAGCUCAACAAGACGGCCGCCAGGGAGGAAAUUGAGCUAGACAAAGGCGAGCGCAACAACACCAGCAUCCUCUGGCACGGCUGGAGCUGGAUCCCGAGCCACAAUGACACGCCGGGACUCGUGGGGACGCUUGCGGCUCGAGUGGGCGCCGGCUUCGCGUGCGACUGGUUGAGCGACAUACUAGAAGCGCCUCAACCUCCUCCGGUCCAUGGCUUCUACGUCAAGCUCCUCAAGCUGGUGCUCCUCCUCCUUUGGGUCGCCCUGGACGUGCAUUACGGCUUCACUGGCCUCCGCGUAAUUUGCGGCCUCUUAUGGGUGACCGUCAUCUACGAGUUGGCCCAGCUGACCACAAGCCCAAGCCAGCGACAUCUGGUCGGCGUGACCCGCUUCCAAAUUGACGAGACACUGGUGCUGCUGAUAGUUUGGGUCCUGUUAGCAUCGACCCUGCUUGCAGCGCUGAUUCGGCGCUGCUCCCUGCUGUUGCUGCCCACGAUUAUCAUCCAGGGCGCUGGAUUGACUUGGUCUUUGCUGCUCUUCGUUGCUUUUCUGGUGAUCGGCUCCUUUGGGAAGGUCAAGCCGUUGGCAGCGGCGCUGAUUUUCGCAGACCAUAUGGCAUGGGAAAGGGUCGUCUCCCUAGCCGGAAGCAUUGUUUUGCUUGCUUUACAAUUAUUCUUCCUCACCGGCUCUUAUAGAUAUUACAGAGCGCGCGCCAUUUGGAUUCAAAAGAAUGGGCGCUCGAUAAAUCGGGCUCGGCGGUAUCCAGCUGGCACAAAGUCUCUGUCGACCUCAUCUUGCCGUUUAUCACACUCGCUGGACACCGUCAUCAUGCCGAAGAAGAACAAUGCAAACCGUUGCCUCAGCCAGGUC